AUGUUCCUGACUCCAGAAUCAACACUGUGCAGCUACCCAGGCCCAGACUGCCAGAGCCUCCCCACGGUCUCCUUCAGCCGUACCCUCAAAGCGGUAGAGGACAACCCCACUGCCCUGCUGAGGUGUGACCACGACAACCUAGCCCGUUUCAAUGACACCCUGUGCGCUGACAUCAUCACAGUGGGCCUACAGAGCUCCUCAACACUUUCCACCUUCUGCAACGCUCUGAGCAUCCUGAACCCCACUGAGUUGGAACAGGUGUGGAGUAACACCUGUCACGUUAUCCAGGCUCUACUGUUGCCCCUCCUGGAGGACAGGUCUGACUGCAGUGGGGACAUGCCCGCCCCGCCUCCCCCAGGCCCACGGGUCUCAAGAUCGCUCAGCCUCAGCCAGCUGCUGUGCAACUACGGCAACUGGACCAAUGCUAGUGACGUGGACGCAGGCCUGGUGACACUGUGUAGUGAAAAUGACAGGCAAGAAUUCAUCCUAGCGGUGUGCAGCAAUAUCCAGCUAAUGCAGGCAUUGAUGAACAACAAUCCUAACAAUAGCUGGCUGUGGAAUUUCUGUGUUAACUCCUCUGAUGGAUACAUGGUGAGUCAGUUCUGUAGGUAUCAGACCUGGACGGCGGAGACCGUCGACCCAACCAUGGUGGCCGUCUGCUGGGACCAGGACAAGGAGAGGCUGAAUAUCCUCCUCUGUCGGAACCUGGACUUCUUCACGGUUGUGUUUUCACAUGCUGACAACAACUGGCUGCAGCUGAACUGCACAGAGGCCCCGACACAGCCAGAUAUAAACUCUCUGGUGGCGGCUUCCUGCCAGUACUCAGAAUGGCGAAACGUGAUGGAAAUCACCAUAGAGAUGAUAUCCAUGUGCAUCCAGAAUGAUGACAAGGGUUUUGUACUGGAGGUGUGCGCCAAUGCCACCUUUCUGAAUGAACUGCUCCGUAAUAGUGCUACUGUAUGGGUUGGAGAAUACUGCACUGUCUCCCUUAACUCUCCACCCACCAACCCGCCUGUGGUGUUCAGCAUCCCAGACUGGUGCAACUAUGAUAAGUGGAGCAAGGUGCUGGUGGACCCGUCAAUGGUGGAGCUCUGCUGGCGACACGACCAGAUGGGUUUUAAUAAGAAUGUGUGCUGCAACAUGCCCCUGUUAGAGAAGCUCACUUUGGAGCCCCAGAACGAGUGGCUCGUGUCUGUCUGUGUCGACAAGGAGACCAAGGACAUCCUGCCCCAGGUGUGCAAAUACUCUGACUGGAACAAGCCCAUCAUUGUAGACAUGACUGAUCUGGCUCUCUGUGCUGAGCUGGACUCUCUGAACUUCACUCAGAAGGUGUGCGCCAACACCACGGUGCUCCAGAACCUGCUAGCCAACCCUGACAAUACAUGGCUGUUGGCGUAUUGUGCAAACCACACUGGCCCCGGCGGUGGAGGGGGACAGGGAGGAGGCCUGAUGGGGUUUAAGCCAGUAGAACAAUGCCAGUACCACAGCUGGACAGUGGCACUUCCUGACACCUCUCUCCUGACCCUGUGCUGGGACUACGACCAGGCCAACUUUGUCUCAUCCAUCUGCACCAACACUGGCCUCCUUUCCCUGCUCACCAAGGAGCCCUACAGCCUGUGGGUGGGCACGCUCUGUACCACCUACACCAACUACACCAAAGGAAACAGCCAGGGAAAAACCAACAACACCUCCACAGACUCCCAGCCCUGCUUGGUCAGAGACAUUGUGAGGAGGCUGAACUGGACUUGUACUGCAGACUUCAGCCCAGCCUGUCAGCCAGGCUCCAGUCAGACGCAGGCUCUGCAGCUGCUUUUGCACUGCGGGGUGAAGGCCCUGCAGCAUCGCUUGGAGGGGCUCCUGACCACACACAUGGCCUCUGUGGUGGACCAGGCCACCAGUGUGGCCGUGGUGCUGUUGGUGGCCCUGGAGGAGAGCCAGAUGAUGUCUCUACGUGUGACUGAAAAUAUCCGCUUCAAUGUGCUCAAGUCUGUGGUGCUCUAUCUAGAGAAGGAGACCAACUUUGACAACAAGAGGAUCCUGCUGCAGUGCUUUGGGGAGUAUUUCCGUAUCCCUCUGGCAAGUCUGAGGGCAGUGCUGGGUGCAGUGGACAUCACCACAGUCAGACAGAUACUGCAGUACUUCAGCAGGAACCAGGGGACAUUGCAGGCACCAUGGUAUCUGUGCUUUUCCAGACCCACUUGGUUAGGGACGGGAGCCUCUUUCCUGAACUGGUACCCCUACUUGCCCUGGUCAACCCUGCAGACAUCCAGUCACUGCCCCCCCUUACAGACCAACCUCAUUGUGAGAAAUACCAUCAACAGCAACAUCAGGAGUCUGUCGGUGGAGCAGCGCAGGGCCUUUGGGAGGUGGUACAGCCGAGCCCUCAGCUCCCUCAACAUGACAGCCGGCGGCCCCUCCUUCAUCAGGGACACUGGUAACCUGAUAGUCUACCUGCCCUUUCACAGCUUCCAGCAUCUCUCACCUGCUCAGCUGUUGGUUGGUAUGGAUGUGUUGCUGAUGAACACUCUAAGCCAACUACAACAGCAGUUUGUGGCUGACAGCCUCAUAAGGACCUUCAGAAAUCUAACAGUGGAACAAUUCAGGAGGCUUGGCAACCUGACGUGUCUGUCAGACCCAAAGGACCUGCAGGUGUACAGAAACGCAGAGGCCUUCUCUGUGAUUCAGGACAACAUUAGGACAUGUGUUGCCCAGGGCCUCAGGGGCCCCAGUGACAUGAUCUCCAGCUUGUUCCUGAACGGGAGUGAGCUUCAGUCUCCUGGCUCUCUCUCUGCCGGCCGAGUGUCUCAGCUGGCUCCCUUCUUGCCCUGGCUAGGUGUGGACUUUCUGCAGAAGCUCAGCCAAUCCCAGCUCAGCCCUGCGCUGACAGCCCUGGCCUCUGUGCCCUUCACUCCUGCACAGGCCAGUGUAAUUGUGGACAAAGUGUAUCUAAACAACAGUCUGGCUCUGCCGGGGCAGCUGCAGAAGCUGGGCUCUCUGGUGAGUGGGGUGAAGGUUGAGACUCUGUGGAACUUGCCCUCUGACAUCCUGCUGUCCUCUCUGCCUGACAUCGCCCUGCAUACGCCCGGCCUCAACCCCCCACAGGCCAACACCAUCACCACCAAACUCUGGGACUCACCAGAGGUGACUGGCUGGUUGGAUAAGGUGGAGCCCCUGCUCCCCAGCACCCCUCUACUCAGUGUGCUGACCAGGGCUAGUCUGCUGUUGACCAACAGGACCAUGGCAGGAAGACGAGCCUGGAACACUCAGCAGGCUAAAACUCUUUUUAAAGAAGCAGUGAAGACCAUGCCCAAUCUUUCCACUGAGACGUUUCUUGCCCUUGGAAGCAUUGCUCGAGGUGUAAGCUGCACAGCCCUGCGACAGCUCUUCCGGGACAAGCCAACAUUUUCCUCAAUGCAGAGUGUCCUUGCAUUCAUGAAUAAGCAGUCUGUUCCUCUCCAUUCCUCACUGAAAAAGUGCAUCAUCGAGGAGCUGUACUACUUUGACUUCUUCUCUGAGCUGCUGGGAGAGUUUGGCGCUCAGAUCACACUGGCCCUGCCGGUGAGCACUAUUAAGAAGUUCCCUGCCGACAUGAUGGACACUCUCAGGAAGAUGAUUGUGAAGGACUCCCAUCACUUCCUGCUCCUCCCCAGUACAAAACAGGAUAUUCUGGUGGACAAGAUGGUGCAGAGACUUGGCAUGUACACGGGGGAGUUCACUGAGGAUGAGUUCCGUUCACUGGGCAUCAUGGCGACCUAUGUAGUGGAUGAGGUGUUUGUGCAGCUGGUGCGGAGCUUCUUUGUGGAGAGCCUGGAGUUCCUCCGAGAGUUCUGCUAUAACAGCAGCAAGAGGGACAUCGUCGCACAGAUCCUACAGGAGCCUGGCACCUUCGGCCCCGUUCAGAACUGGACCCCUGAGACACUCAAUCAAGUGGGCAGAUUCUUAUUCUUCCUUCCCAAAGAGACGCUGCAGCAGAUUCCCCAGGCCCUGAUGACCCAGGGGCGUAUAGAGAGGCUGUUUCUGAGUCAGCGCCGGUGGGAGUCGGGUGCUGUUGGGGCCCUCUGCAUUCAGGGCCGGGACCAGGUUGAACAGACAAAGCUGUUUGAGAGGCAACAGUUUGUUCUUCAGAACUUCCUGGGUUUUCUCAAAGUGGGGCAGGUCACACCUCCUGCAUUGAUGCCCACAUGUGAAAAGCUGCAUGCAACACAGCCUUCAGCCUGGAGCACAGACAGCUUGACAGGCAUGUCGUCUGCCGCCUUCAGCUGUAGUCUAGAGCUCUUUGGCCAGGACCCCUUCUUUUCAUCAUACCAACAGAAACUACUCCUCCAGAAAACUAAAGAGAUCUACGGAGCGGCCAGGUCCUUCUCCUCAUCUGUGAUUACACAGCUGGGUCGUAUAGCCUCCCAGCUUUCAGUGGCAGAGCUGAGUGUGAUCCGGCUGUCUGAGCUGAGCACCAUCUCUGCACUGGGGGCAGUCAGCACCUGGAACAGCAGACAGCUGGCUGUGCUGUCCUCCUCUGUGCUCAACUCCACCCAGGUGGGUCUUAGUCAGCUGUCCUCCAGCACCCUGGUGGCUAUGGGACACAUAGUGUGUGGGAUCAAGGACUCAGACAUGCGCUCCCUGAAUGCAGUGGAGUUCAGUAAGGCAGUUCUGUGGCUGGGCCGUCUGCGGCUGUCCUGUUCAGAAGAGCAACAACAGGCUUUAACGGGACUGCUGAGCCAUAGCCUGGCUUUUGGACCCAUAAGCUCCUGGGGCCCUGAGGUCUUCAUUGAGGUUGGAGCACUGGCAGCUGGCCUCCCAGAUAUGGCCAUGUCUUCUUUGGUGAAGGAGCAGAUUGAAGGAUUUACACCUCUGGCUGUGUCCCUGAUCCGGGCAGACAAGUUUGCUGUCGUGUUUGACCCAGCCCAGAUCAGCAUGUUCUCCUAUGAACAGGCCAAAGCGGUGACUGAAGCCCAGCGCUUGCUUUUGUCCCCUGUGCAGCUGACAGCUAUGUCUAUGGUGCUGGCUGUCUGGGAUGACAAACCUGUUGACUUCCGUGGCAGGUCACCAGGGCUGGCACUGUGCCCUAGUCCUCUCUGUCACCUUCUGGGACUGCUGAUGGUGCUGUUAGUUUCUGCUCUGUAAUGGCCUCCCCUUCUGAUGGAUAAACCCCUCAAUGGGCCAUGAGGACUCUCAUGAGGGUCUCUCCUACACAACUACCAUGUUAAACAAUAAGUGUAAUAUAUUGGAGUAUUGUAAUGUAUGAUUUGAUAAUGGGUGGAUAUUUAUUUCUAUCAGAAAAUAAUAUCAAAUUGGUCACACACACAUUUAACAGAUCGUAUUACGGGUGGAGCGAAAUGCUUGCAUUCACAACAAUACAAACACAUCUAAAAGUAAAAAUAAUGGAAUUAAGAAAUAUAUAAAUAUUAGGAUGAGCAAUGUCAGAGUGGCAUUGACUAAAAUAUAUUAGAAUAGAAUACAGUAUAUACAUAUGAGAUGAGUAAAGCAGUAUGUAAACAUUAUUAAAGUGACUAGUGUUCCAUUAUUAAAAUGACCAGUGAUUCUAUGUAUAUAGGGCAGCAGCCUCUAAGGUGCAGGGUUGAGUAACUGGCUAGUGAUAGCUAAUUAACAGUCAGAUGGCCUUGAGAUAGAAGCUGUUUUUCAGUCUCUCGUCCAAGCUUUGAUUCACCUGUACUGACCUCACCUUCUGAAGAGCCAUCCAUUUGCUAGUGGCCUAUUCUCUGAGUGAAGAAAAAAACAUUUCAGCAUUUUAUUGCGCAUUGCUGAGUUGUAGUCGUCAGUUUAGGCUGACAAUUAUUUUGUUAGGUUUAAGGUUGAAUAAAAUCUUAUUUUAUUGCUUAAAUGUAAUUGUUUUAAAUGGAAAGAGAAGAGUAAUCAUGUGGUUCUAUCUCAAUGUGCAGUGAUGUUUUCUAUUAUUUGAGCAUUAUUAUGUUUUUAAAUCCUUGUCUAUCUGUAAAGUAUUUUGGCAACAAUUUACAUGGUGUACUUUAUAAAGGGUGUGUUAAUGGUUUAUAAGUAGCCCAGUAGACUCCUUUCCAAUAUUUCUGUAACACAAAAAUAAUCUAGCCUAUAUAACACGCUCAUUGCAAAUAUUUUUGGGGUAUUUAUUCCAUGUAUUGUAAUUGCUGUGAGUUUUGUUUUGUGUGAAUACUCAGGCAUAAAUAUGUUGCUAAUAAAGAACUUCUACAUUGUA